AAUUAUCGAAUCCAACAUGGCUACAGAGGGACUUCGCGUCGAAAACCAGUCAGCAACGCUUGAUUCUCUUCAACGCGAAGCCGAAAAUCUAAAGAAGAAGUUGGAGGAGGAAAAGGAUAAACUUAAAGAUAUUGACAUCAAUGUAGUUGCGCAAAGGCUAGAUCCGCUAGCUCCCAUAUCUUUAAAACCCAGAAAGGUUCUCAAAGGACAUUUAGCGAAAGUACUAUGCAUGGAUUGGUCCAAUGAUAAACGUCAUGUGGUCAGCUCCUCUCAGGACGGAAAAUUACUUGUUUGGGAUGCUUUCAGUACUAAUAAGGAGCAUGCAUUCUCAAUGCAGACAACUUGGGUAAUGGCCUGCUGCUAUGCACCCUCUUCAACCUUAAUAGCCUGUGGAGGCUUGGAUAAUAAGUGUACAAUUUAUCCUUUGACUAUGGAAGAGGAUCAAGCUAAGAAAAAAGUAGUUGGGACUCAUGCCAGUUAUCUAUCUUGUUGCGAGUUUACCCAUUCCGACCAUCAGAUAGUCACUGGAAGUGGUGACAGUACCUUAGCCCUAUGGGACGUUGAAUCCGGUACUCUUAUGCACUCCUUUCAUGGCCAUACAGGUGAUGUUACCAGUCUGCAUUUAUCCCCUACUGAAUGCGGUUCAGUUUUGGCUUCCGGUAGCUGCGAUAAUACUCUAAUGAUCUGGGAUAUGAGAACUGGGCAAUGUGCCCAAAUGUUCGAUUCACACGAAAGUGACGUUAAUGCAGUAAGAUUUUACCCAAGCGGUGAUGCAGUAGCUUCGGCUUCAGACGACGCCACUUGUCGCCUCUUCGAUUUAAGAGCAGAUAGAGAAGUGUGCGCCUAUAAAAAGCAAAGUGUUAUCUUUGGGUGUAAUUCUAUCGAUUUUUCGUUAUCUGGUAGGAUAUUAUUCGCUGGUUAUAAUGAUUACGUGGUUAAUCUAUGGGAUACUUUAAAAUCUACGCGAUUGUGCAUGUUAUACGGUCAUGACAAUAGGGUAUCCUGUGUCCGAGUUUCUCCAGACGGUACAGCCCUUUGCACCUCUAGUUGGGACUAUACUCUAAGGAUAUGGGCUUAGAUACACACAAAAAAAACACAUGCAUACAUACAAACACACAAAAAUAAAGAACAAACAAAACGAAGUAAACAAAAUAUUAUUUUUAAACAUGACGGAAGAUGAUUGAUUCUUUGGUUCCUACAAAAUUACCGGAAAAAGAACGACAAAAAACGAUAGAUUACAAAAUAACUACAUUAUUGCAGAUUAUAAAGAAAAAACAAAAAAAAAUCACAUGCACGGUUACAAAGAAAAUAUAGUGUCACAUAUCGUACAGAGACUAUCUCUCCUUCUCUCUCUCUCUCUCUCUCUCUCUCUCUCUCUCUCUCU